AUGCCUCUCCACCUUAGGAUACCCCUGUAUGACUACCAGGCCCUGUGCAAAGAGUAUGCAGGAAGUGGUGACAGCGCUCAUUCCCUGCUGAACCCAUUCUCUGCAGUAAAAUGGCUCCUGACUGAAAUCGUCAUAUUUCUUUUGGAGUUCAACCUGUACAGUUGGUGGAAUAUUGAUCUCUCUGUUAAAGCUGAUCGAGGCCAGAGGGGCCGCACCGUGAUGGUUCCAUGUGACACAGAGUACCCUGCCUUUGUUUCUGAGCGCACCAUCAAAGAGACGGCUGGGAACAUUGACUGUGAGGGGUGCAUGAGGACCUUUGUCAUUCAGCAGAUUCCCAGCAGUAACCUCUUCAUGGUUGUCGUGGACAACAAAUGUGAUUGUAGCUCCAUCUCUUCAGUUACCAUGGAGCCUAUUGAGAUCAUCUAUAUCCUUUCUUGA